UCCUCGACUAAAACGUUCCCUAUAUUCGAUCAUCUAAAUAUUUUGAUAUUUAUCUAUUAUGCUACCAAGUCCCCAGUCUAGGCACCCAUGCACAACUGAAAGGUUCAAAAAUACAAUGAACAAAACUAUUUUAUUUAAUUCUAUCAACCUUUUCAGCCUUUCUUCAAUACGAUUUCAGACAAAGUUACACCCAGAGAAAAUAAUUCGCACACAUACAUACAGUAUAUGUAUUUGUACAAAAAAGCAUAAUUUUCUUCAGAUAUAGAUCAUUUUCUUGACUAGGCUCUAAAAUGAGAUAUGUAACUUCCUGUGCAUAUGUCAUGCAUGAUGAAUAACAAUCAUCGUUGUAAGAGGACUCAUACAUAGAUUGGUCAUUAGUCAAUGACCAUUUAUUGAAAUUCAAAACAGCACAAGAAAAUAAUCGUGAGUGUCACUGUUUAGUUAUCCAAUCAGAUGAAAAGAAGAAAGUAUACAUUUCCAAUUUCUCAAAAGUCCAAUCAUAGUUUAUAUAUAUAAGCGACUUACUAGGCAGAAAUGUGUACAUGUCCUCAUAUUAUAAAUCGCUCUUGGACUUUCUAGUUGACAGAUCAUUGAAGCAUUGAACACAGAGGACAAUUGGAAACUCACACCUAUAAUUUGCAGCUCAUCAUUUCUAAUAAUAAAAACGGUAAAUAAAAUGUCUUGAUAUGCUCCAUUCUCAUUUUCAUCAUCUCUUUUAUUUCGUAUGCUCUUAUCGUCUCCUUCAAGCAAAGCUAGAUCAUUUCAGAUCCAUGUAAUAUAAUUUGAGGUUGAGGUAACAAUAUAAUGGCUGUUUUCUUCCAAGGAGAAACUGAAAUGAGAGAACCCUCUUCCGAUCUUUUUAUGGUGAACCUGAAUCCGUCCCCUGAUCAGACAAUGACCAUUAAUGCUCAUAACAAUCACUUUUACAACUUGUGCUUCGCGCCCCAACAACAUCCACAGCGAAUGAACAAAUAUGAAGUACUAGAUCAUAUCGAACAAGCGAAUUGUUCGGCGAUCUCCACGGUUUCAAACGGGAGAGUAACGCAAAGCUUCAGGGCUUUGGCUCCGACCUACUUAAGAGUUGCUCAAGAAUUGCUCAAUGAGAUUGUCCAUGUUGGACACGGUAGCCGUGGCGCAAAACAAGAGCAACAAAUGAAUAAUGAGUCGGCGACUUGUGGAUUAUACAAUGGAGUUGGGAAUAUAAAUGGUGGCCCUAAGUCUGGCGUUUGUCGGCAGGAGUUGCAAUUGAAGAGAGCAAAGCUCAUCUCCAUGGUGGAAAAGGUUGAACAGAUAUACAAGCAAUACCACGACCAAAUGCAGACAGUAAUCUCAUCGUUUGAGCAAGAAGCGGGUUUAGGCUCAGCAAACUCGUACACACAUAUGGCGUUGCAAACAAUAUCAAAGAAGUUUCGUGCUGUGAAAGACAUGAUAUGUUUGCAAAUCAAACACAUAAACAAUUUGUUAGGAGAAAAAGAAUGUGAAGGUGUAAGUUUAGCCAAGCAGUUGGGGAAGAUGCCAGAUAACCAUUCAAAUGCUUGGAGACCACAACGAGGUUUGCCCGAAACAGCUGUUUCCGUUCUUCGGGCUUGGCUUUUUAACCAUUUUCUUCACCCAUAUCCAAGGGAUUUAGAUAAAGAAAUGCUUGCCAAACAGACUGGCCUUACUAAAAGCCAGGUAUCAAAUUGGUUCAUAAAUGCUCGAGUUCGAGUGUGGAAACCAAUGGUGGAGGAGAUGUAUUUGGAAGAAAUGAAUAUUGAAGAAAGCAGAAAAGGAGGAAACCUCAGUGAACAUGGUAACAAAGGUUCAUCCUCUAAGCAACUUUGCAAUAAUACAACUUCAGAUGAAUCUUCGAACUUGAUCUUACCCGCGUUUCAUCAAGGAUUCAUUGAAAAUGAAACCUCUAUGCAAAACUCAUUCUCAAGUUGCAGCGUAAUGACGUUCGGGAAGCAACACGUGAACCAAGCUAAGUUGAUCCAAUUCAAUGGAGGGUUCGAAAACUAUCACGCAAUGGUUGGAAACUGUGUCUCCCUUUCUCUUGGCAUGCCUCAUUCUUGCGACCAAUCCUUCAACAACAUUCAGUUUGGGUCGACAAGUAAUGAAACUAAGAUCUCGGGCAUAUAUCCCUCUUUAACAUAUCAAAACAUGGAUUAGAGAUCUGAAUAGAUAUCAUAAAAAUAUAAAUCUGCAUGUUGUUGUGGCUUCUUGUGUGUAUAGCCUUAGUCAAUGGUUGCUUUCAUAUAGAUCAUAGGCAGAAGAAAUGACUAAAAUAUAGAGUUUGAUAAAACCUGCAGAUAACAAUAUUUAGCUUAAGACUAUAGAUACUCAAUGGUCUUGCUAUAUUCAAGAUGGCAUAGUAUCGAUAGAAUGCUUGACAAAUGGGUGUAAAUAGAGAUCAUGUCAACCAUGAGAUCCAUGUGUUUCCUUUAGUUGUGUGUUUUAUAAAUGUGUUUGUGUGUGUAAAUGUGUUACACCAGGCAACAGCGUCGAGUAUAAUUUCUUAUGCAUACCUAUGUAUGAGUUUAUUUGUUAUUUUAUAUAUAAACAAUUAAGUGACGCAUC